CCGAGAAAAAAAAACGGUUUGUUCUCAUUAGCUUACGUGGACGGUACGGUGGGAAUUAAAAAAAGAUUAGCGAUAAUUUGGGAAUUGUGUGUUUUCCCAACAUUAUUUAGGGAAAGGCUCAUUAUAUCUCCCUUAUUAAUAUACCCUUAUUCAUUUUUUUUUUCUUUUUUUUUACUUCAAAAAAAAAUCUUUUUUAAUGAAAGGUAUAGAAAAAUUGCUUCGUUUUUUAAAAAAAAAUAAUAAUUAAAAAAAAAGAAUUGCUUCUCAAUCAAAGGGAUAAUAAAGUUAAUAAUAUAAACUAAUCAGAUAUUCACCUAAUAUAUUGAAAUCUUUUCGUAUUUAUCAAAUUUAGGAAACUGAAAUUUACUUAUAUUUUACCCCUUUAGCCUGCACGUAAUUAAAACUGACUACCCCUUAUAUAGCCGCAAGCCCGCAUUAGACUAUCUUCCUAAUUUUUCCCAAAAAAAAUUGAAUCAAAUCCCUAAUUGCGAAGUAGCAAUUAAUCAACCAUUCAACAAUGGAAAAGAGGAGUAAAAAAACUGGUGUUUUUGUUAACUUUAGAACUAAAACCAUCAUGAAGAAGAAAACGAUAAUUACGACUUCUCAACUUUUUUCUAGGAAACAAAUUUCCCUUAAUUUAUCAAUCUCUCAGUUUCUUCGCGAGGUCGAUGAUGUUGAUAAAAUGAUUAAGUCAGUGACGAGCAAGGAAAAAACAUGGACGGUGAACCGAAGGGAUAUUACUGAGAUCACAUCAUGCUGUAAAUGUUGUGGCUUCUUGUUAUCCCAAAGUGACACAGACAUCCAUAUGUGCAAGAGUUAUAGACUCUCCGAAGAUCCUACAAAAAAAUUACCAAGAUAUUAUAUUAUCAGGCAUUGCCAAGUUUGUCAAAGCUACUCAUAUGCAGGAACCAAAAGUUGGCAUAAAUUUCCUCCAGGAGAAUCGUCUUCCAUAUCAUUACUAAGAUUUCUUCUGGAGAAGCUCGGUUUCUAUUUUCGUGUACUUCGAUUGAUGUUGAUCGAUGCUUGGCUUGUGCAACCGAAUGAUCAUACCACUGUCAUCUCACUUGUCUUAAAGGUCCAAUUCGAAGGCCCUGAUGGUUCGAGGCUAGAAAGAAAGUGUGAUGUUGUGUUUACACCAGCUUAUAUGAAUUGUCCUUCUUGUUCAGAUUUAAUUGAUGAAACACAACUGAGCUAUGUUGUGCAACUUAGACAGUACGCUUCUCAAGACAAAACUUUUCGCGCUAUAAAGUUACGUGUGCUGACCACACAACCAACACUUUACAACAUUAAGAAGAUGAAGCUUGCAAAACAAGGAGUGGAUUUCUUAUUUGCUACUAGAAAAGAUGCCGAGAAUUUGUACAACUUCCUCCUCACUCAAACACCUAUUAAGCCUGAUCAAUUUCGCAAGAAAUCUAUGAAGUCUUCUGAUCCUAACAGCAAUAAUCAUACCGAGAUUUGGUACAUCUCAGCUGUGAUCUGCCCUAUUUACCUGUAUGAUCUUAUACAUCUUCCACAAAGUCUCAUUGCUUCACAUCAUGUUGGACCUCUAGUUAUUUGUAUAUCAUCCUAUAAGUUUAUUAGAGUUAUCGAUCACUUAACAUUGACUCGAUGUCAGAUACGUGGCAAUGAUUAUUGGAAGGAACCUUUUGAGCCUCUAAAGACUAGCAGUGAACUAGUGGAGUAUAAAGUGUUAGAUGUGGAGAUCGUUUUGAGUGAACAGUUAUAUUCUUUAGCAAAUGUCAAAGUUGCACGGGCCUCAGAUAUUGGUAAGAAUGGUACAGAAUCUUUGGUUAAAACUCAUCUUGGUAAUGUUUUGAAGCGUGGGGAUUAUGUUCUUGGUUACGAAUUGUGCAGUACGAAUUAUUCUGCUGAUGUUGAAAUGGAGAAUUCUGUGGAUACACUGCCAAAUGUUGUUCUGAUUAAGAAGAAAAGUGCAGCAGCUGAGCUCAAUAUUAAGGUUACUAGGCAGAAGGCAAGUCCAGAAUAUCAACAGUUCUUGGGAGAUUUAGAGAAUAAUCCAGAAGCAAUGUUCAAUUUGUCAUUGAAUGAGAGGGAAGGUGAAAAUCAAACCUCGGAAAUGGUAUCCAUGAAGCCUGAUAAUUCAGAACUUGAAUUGGAAGAAUUGCUUGCUGAUCUUGAUUUGAGUGAUGAGCAAGAAGCUAAAAAUCUGUAAUCUAAAUUUUAAUUCUAGAAUAUCUUUGCGAACUUUUAAAUACAUUGUGUGACUGAAUUUGUUAAUUUUUGUUUAAAUGAACAAUAAGUUUUGUGCAAGCUAUAUAAAUUCCUGCAUUGCAUAAUGCUGAAUGACUAUCAGAAUAAUCAAAACAGUAUGCUUUUAACUGUCUAGCCAGAUUAGGAAAAAAAAAAAAAAAAAAAAACCCUUAAUUGUAAAAAACCUCAACAGAGCCCUUGUUUACUCAUUUAUAUCAAGUUUAGCUUUCAAAUAAGAUAAUCUUGCAACCACCUUGUGUCUGUAACUCAGUUUAUAUUAGCUUUCAGGGAUGAGGCUCUUGCAAUCACCCUAGGUUUUGCGAUGACCCUCUACGUACACAGGGCAGAGAAACUUUUUUCAAGGUGAAACUAGGCUGCAGGUUCAGGUAUUGAAUAGAUACGCGGUCUUAUAGUAAUAAAACGGAAUGUGAAACUUGAGAGGCUAGACUCACAACACUUGCACCUAAUACCUAAGCAGGCAUGCCUUCACUUUGGCGGUUUGGCCUCCUAGAGUCAUUUACUAAACACAGGCAAAGGAACCCUCUUAUUCUUAUUUCUCCUUGUCCCCCCCUCCCC